AUGAACAUCGUCAAGGGCGUCGCCGAUCUCCUCCGCAAGUCGGCGCCGGCAUCGCCGGGGGGCGGCGGCGGCGGCGGCGGCGGGGGAGGGGGCGGCGACGGCGGUGGCGGUGGUGGCGGCGGCGGCGGCGGUGGGGGCGGUGGCUCCCACUCCGCCUCCCACAGGCUCGCCGCCGCGCCGUCCCCCAGGGUGCGCUUCAGUGAUAGUGGUGAUGAAGGAGUCUUAAACAUGCUUUGGCAGAAAUAUGAGAAUGCCAUUGACAAGGCUGAAAAGAAGGAAACCUUGCAAAUAUUUGUCAUGCAUUUCAUACAAACAUUCAAAGAGUGGGAGCCAUACUACAUUGCACAAUCAGUUGAUCAAGAAUCAUUAUCAGAUGAUAUGGUUUUAGGAUGCUCCAGCGGGCAUCCGUCUGAGGUCAUCCUUAUUCUUGUGCAGGAGGUUUCUCAAAUAACUUCUUUCAUUACGGAGAUAGGCAGCAGCUGCUCAGAAUUCUCACCUAACAUUUCAGAGCAAUCGUCAGUCCUGGUGUUAAGCACUGAGGGAUUGACUGUUUUGGAAUGCUUGACUAUUGUUACCCGCUCAGUGCAUAACUGUAGAGUAUUUAGUUAUUAUGGAGGUGUGCAGAAGGUCACUGCUCUUUUGAAAGCUGCAGUUGUCAAGCUCAAGACUUUGACAAGUUUGCUUGCCGCAGAUGAACAACUGCCAAACAAAGCCAUAGAGAACAUGAAGAUGAUGCAAAAGAUACUUGUAUACAUUGUUACGAUAAUUUCAAACUUCAUGAAUUUGGAGCCAACUGUAACUAGGUUAAUGCAGCUUGUCAAUACUACUGAGCAUACCCUAUCAAACGAGUUUUUGGCCACAAUUACUCCAAGACCUGCAAAAAGCACUAAUGAUAAUAACUGGCAGCAAAAGGCCAUUGUUGCAGUUAUGGAAGCUGGUGGUGUCAAUUGGUUAGUAGAACUGUUAAGGGUCAUCCGAAGAUUGAAUUUGAAAGAGCAGUGGACUGAUCUGCUACUUCACUUUAUAACUUUGCAUGCUCUGAGAUCAACAAUCUGUCAAAAUACACGUGCACAGAAUCAUUUCAGAAGCAUUGGAGGACUGGAGGUUCUAUUGGACGGAUUGGGAUUACCGUCAAGCAAAUUGUCAAAGUGUUCUUUUGUUCCCAGUGAUGAAAGGAGUGGAAUUCUACAGCUCCAGAUACUGUCGUUGGAAAUUCUGAGGGAGGCAGUUUUUGGUAAUGUUAACAAUUUACAGUUCUUAUGUGAAAAUGGACGAAUACAUAAGUUUGCAAACAGCAUCUGUUGGCCUGCGUUUAUGCUUCAGGGAUUUCAUCAACAAAAGACUCUUGACUCUCAAGUGCAGAACUGUAAUCUUGAAGAAAGCACUGGGGCAUUGUCUACAUCAGAAUCUUUUGCAAGUCCUAUUGAUAUUCUUGAUACAACUGGAUGGACGGAGUAUUCUGUAAAGUUAAGCAUAGCACUUUGCUCUUUUCUUCUUCCUCCUAAUGAGAUAAGGAACUCUCGUGGGGCAGCUGAUGUAAGCCAAAAUUCUCAAUCCGUCUCAUUGGCAUACUGGGAGCAAUGUACAAGAUGGAUUAUAAAGGUUCUUUCAACAGUUUUUCCAUGCAUCAAAGCUUGUGCUAGUGAAUCUGAAUUUCCCGACCAUAUAAGGAUUUUGGCAAAUACCCUACAACAUUAUAUUCUCUGCACAUUUAGGAAGGUUCUCAUAUUAGUACCAGCUCUUCUCAAAUCUUUUCGAGCAGAGGGUUUAUGGGGUCUGAUAUUUUCGGAGAAAUUUUUUUACUUUGGUUCAUCUAUGGAGUAUAUUCAUCAUAUUGUUGGUGAUGCACAAAACGAUCAUUUUAUUGAUGCUACUGAUUCAGCUGGUUCUAAAGCCCAAGCUGAUGUCAACAUUCUUCAAGCAGAAGCUAUUUCCUUCUUGGAGUUUGCCGCAACACUCAAUGAGAACACAAACAAUCUGCCAGAAUGCUCAGCAUUAUUAGAUGUGCUUGAACAUUGCACUUAUGACCCUGGAUUAUCUGGAACUAUUCUUAAGAGCUUUCAUGUUAUCCUACAACUUGCCACUGAACAGACUAUAUCCUCCUUUAAAUCACUGGAUGUGCUUACCAGAGUCCUGAAAGUUGCAUGCCUUCAAGUACAACAUCUAAGGAAGCUCUCCCAUCCCAGAGAUUACUUAAGUGGAAAUGUUUUUCAAUCAGAAUAUGAACAAAUUAAAAGUACUAUUGCAUGUGUGGAAUUGGCUUUCAAUCUUUUCAAGGAAUACGCCACAAUAUCUGAGCUUGGAAUGAUUCUAGUUUUACACAACGCCAAUUGUAUUGAGUGUUUAUUUGACUUGUUCCAAGAAGAGAACCUUCGAAAAGAUGUAUUGGAGCAAGUUCUUGCCUUAUUUAGGUUGCCUUCAUCAUCAGCACAAGAUCAUACAGCAAAGCUGCAGCUAUGUUCAAAAUAUUUGGAGGCUUUCACUCGUGCAAAAGAAACAGAUGACUUUGCAGAAUUGUCUAUUGAUCUAUUAGUCAACAUGAGAGCAAUCAUUAUGAUAGACCGCAUGUAUUAUCAAAAUCUGUUCCACAAUGGAGAGUGCUUCCUGCAUAUUGUAUCCUUGCUGAAUGGGACUUUUGAUGAAGCAGUUGGUGAACAAUUAGUCCUUAAUGUCCUUCAGACAUUGACUGUAUUACUUGCUGAAAACGAUGUGUCUAAGGCUUCCUUUAGAAUGCUGGUUGGUGUGGGUUAUCAAACGCUGCAAAGCUUGCUGUUGGACUUCUGUAAAUGGUUACCUAGUCAGAAGCUCUUGGAUGCCAUACUUGGCAUGCUUGUUGAUGGGACAUUUGAUAUAAAUGAAGAAACCACAAUUAAGAAUGAAGAUGUGAUUAUACUAUUUUUAAAUGUUCUACAAAAGAGCAGCACUACACUCCAGCAUUAUGGGCUUGCGGUCCUACAGCAGUUGCUGAAGGGAUCCAUUACAAAUAGAAGCUCUUGUUUCAAAGCUGGAUUUCUUAGUUUUCUUCUUGAUUGGUUUUCAGUAGAGCAAACGGACGAUACAGUUGUAAAAAUUGUUGAGUUGAUUCAGAUCAUUGGUGGGCACAGUAUUUGUGGAAAAGAUAUACGAAAAAUAUUUGCUCUCUUGCGUGACGAGAAGAUUGGUGUCAAGCAGAAGCAUAAUUCAUUGCUUCUGACAAGUCUUAGUCACAUGCUUAAGGAAAAGGGACCUGAAGCUUUCUUUGAAUUUAGUGGUCAUGACUCUGGCAUCGAAAUAAAAUCACCUGCUCAAUGGCCUUACAAUCGAGGUUUAUCCUUUUGCUGCUGGUUAAGGGUGGAAAGUUUCCCUGAGAAUAGUAUGAUGGGGCUUUUCUCCUUUUUUACGGAAAAUGGAAAAGGAUGUUUAGCUAUGCUUGGGAAAGAUACUUUAAUCUACGAGUCUAUCAGUCAAAAACAUCAAUGUGUUUUGUUGCCUCUAAGCCUCCCAACAAAGCAAUGGAUAUUCCUUUCCGUUACUCAUACAGUAGGAAGAGCAUUCUCUGCUGGAAGCCAGCUGAGAUGCUAUGUAGAUGGUGGUCAGAUAUCAAAUCAGAAGUGCAGGUGGGCAAAAGUUAAUGAAGUAAUGACUCGUUGCAGUAUUGGCACAGAUCUGAUGCCCAUUGGUGAAGAACCCACUUCCCUUGGUUUUGAGAGCACUUCUGCUUUUGUUGGUCAAAUGGGUCCAGUCUAUGCAUUUUCUGAUACUCUUUCUUCGGAACAAAUAAAAGGCAUAUAUAAUCUAGGACCAAGUUACAUGUACUCUUUCCUUGGUGAUCAAAACUUGCUUAUGAGCGAUGACACUCUGUACAAGGGUAUUCUGGAUGCAAGGGAUGGCAUUUCGUCAAAGAUGAUUUUUGGCUUGAAUGCACAGGCUAGUAACAAUAGGACUUUGUUCAAUGUAUCUGCUGCAUAUGAUGGCCUUGACAAGAGUAAGUUUGAAGCAACUAUCAUGGGUGGGACGAAGUUAUGCUCCCGGCGGUUGCUGCAGGAAAUAAUUUAUUGUGUUGGUGGUGUAUCUGUAUUUUUCCCCCUUCUGAUCCACUUUGAUGACGCUGUAGUACAUAGUGGACAACCUGCCAUUAGUGACGAAUUGGCAAGUCAAGUUGUUGAGCUUGUUGCAUCUGUUUUGGAUGGAAAUGUAGCAAAUCAACAACAAAUGCAUCUUCUUUCUGGAUUCUCUAUAUUAGGCUUCUUGUUUCAAUCUGUUUCACCACAGCUGCUAAAUUUUAAGACUCUUUCAUCGUUGAAGUACAUGCUUAAUGUUCUGAAGAACUGCGGUAUGUCCGAAAUUCUAUUGAAAGAUGCUCUUUCACAAAUUUAUCUGAACCCACAUAUUUGGGCGUGUGCAAGCUAUGAAGUGCAGAGAGAACUUUAUUUGCUUCUAAUAAAGUAUUUUGAAUGUGAUGGGACACUUUUGCCAAUAUUGUGUGGGCUCCCUAGGAUCAUUGACAUUGUACUCCAGUUUUAUUCAGAAAAGGCGGAUUUGAGGUCUUGUAAGUCUUCUCAUCCUGUUACCAAAAAUGUGAUUGUAGAGAGACCAAACAUAGAAGAAAUUCGCAAGAUCCGUCUGCUCCUAUUGAGUAUGGCAGAAAUGAGUAUAAAGCUUAAGGUUUCUCAACAUGAUAUAAGAACACUUGUGUCCUUUUUCGAGAGAAGCCAAGAUGUUGCAUGUAUUGAGGAUGUACUUUACAUGAUUAUUCGUGCUCUAUCACAGAAUUCACUUCUAUCAUCUUUCUUGGAGAAAGUGAAUUCCCUUGGUGGUUGUUACAUUUUCAUUAAUCUUCUUAAGAGGGAAUUCGAGCCAAUUCGCCUAUUGGGGCUUCAGUUUCUUGGUAAACUUCUGGUUGGAGUUCCAUCUGAGAAAAAGGGACCAAAACUUUUUGGUCUUCCUGUAGGACGACCUAGGCCUCUUUCUGAAAAUCUAAGCAAAGCCAUAACAGCAGCACCUCAACUGUUCUUCUAUUCAAUAUCUGAAAGACUAUUCAAAUUUCCACUUUCUGAUCAUUUAUGUGCUACUCUGUUUGAUGUCCUCCUUGGUGGGGCCAGUCCUAAGCAGGUCUUGCAGAAACGUUCCCAAUCUGAUGUGCCUAAAGAUAGUGCCAUCUCUUCAGCGAGCGUGUCUCCAUUUGCUGUUCCUCAGAUUUUGGUCUGUAUAUUUAAAUAUAUGCAAUCUUGUCAAGACACAUUAGCACGGACCAAGAUCUUGAGUGAUCUUCUUGAUUUGCUGGAUUCAAACCCUUCUAAUGUCGAAGCCCUUGUGGAGUAUGGUUGGAGCUCUUGGCUUGAGACAUCUGUGAAGCUUGAUGUAUUUAGGGACUACAAAUCAAGUUCAAAAGCUAAGGAUAAUACUUUGGAAACCAAUGAGCUAAUUCUUGUGAGGAACAUGUAUUCAUUGGUCCUCACCUACUGCUUGUGCUCUGUGAAAGGUGGGUGGCAUCAGCUGGAAGAUACAACAAAUUUCUUUCUCUUGAAAAUUGAGCAGGGUCAGCUUCCAAAUUCCUGCGUACUACGAGACAUCUUUGAAGACAUUGUUGGAAGCUUGCUUGAGACAUCUUCCGAAGAAAAUCUUUUCUUUUCACAGCCUUGCCGUGAUAAUAUCUUGUAUCUUCUGAAGCUUAGCCAUGAACUGCUUGUUGAUCAAGUCGGAAUUAAACUACUGUUUCCUUCACCUGGUUUGUCUGCACAAUCUUCAUCUGAUGACUCUCUAAUAGAGGACAUUAACAUUGCUGUUGGUGAAAUUCUAAAUGCUGAAGGUAGCAGCCAACUUACAAGUUUUCCUUGGAGUAAUAGUCCAUCUACUGAUGGAGAUAAACUGAGUGAUGAUUGGUGGAGCUUUUACGAUAAAAUAUGGACUCUUCUUUGCAAUUUGACUGGCAAAGGGCAAAAUAAAUUGACUCCAAAGGGCUCAAAUGCUGCUGUCCCAUCUAUUGGACAGCGAGCACGUGGGCUGGUAGAAUCACUGAAUAUCCCUGCCGCAGAGAUGGCUGCUGUAGUGGUAACUGGAGGAAUUGGUUCUGCGCUAAGUGGAAAGACGAAUAAGAACACUGACAAAGCUAUGAUGUUAAGAGGAGAGAGAUUCCCAAGAAUCAUGUUCCAUCUUAUAAUUUUGUAUCUGUGCAAAGCUGGCUUGGAAAAUGCAUCCAAAUGUGUGCAGCAAUUCACAUCCGUGCUUCCUAAUCUUAUUUCAGAAGAUGAUCAGUGCAAAAAUAGACUGCAUUUGUUAAUUUGGUCUUUACUUAGGGUGAGAUCCCAGUAUGGAGAGCUUGAUGAUGGUGCACGUUCUCAUGUUAUGUCGCCGCUGAUUUUUGAAACUCUCAUACAUGGGAAGUCUCUGCUUGCCACUCCUAUGUUGGCAAGAGAUGAUUCCACUGAAGCCAAUAGCAAUAAGGAUUCUGGUUUCGUUCUUAAUUUUGUUCAGAAGGACCGGGUUCUUGCUGCGGUUGCUGAUGAGGUCAAAUAUGUGAAGGAUGCAAAGGCUGAUCACCUGAGGCAGCUCCAGGAACUUCAUUCCAAAAUUGAUGAGAGCUUAAUUGAAGAUAUAGAACAACUGCAAAGCUUCGAGGAUGACAUACAGUUUGCUAAGACUGCUGCUAUUUCUGUGGAUGACAGUAGAAAAGCAGCUCUCCAGCUUGCAUUUGAUGAAGAUCAGCAAAUAAUUGCAGACAAAUGGAUACAUAUUUUCCGUGCAUUGAGUGAGGAAAGAGGACCAUGGUCUGCUAAUCCAUUUCCAAAUAGUACUGUGACUUACUGGAAACUUGACAAGACAGAAGACAAAUGGCGGCGGCGAUUGAAACUCAAGCGUAACUAUAAGUUUGAUGAACGUCUUUGUCAACCACCAUCCAAAUCUAGUAGUGAAAGCAAUGCCUCAUCUGUUGACCCCUCUGUUGGUACCAAAAUUCCGGAAAAAAUGAAGCACUUACUGCUGAAAGGAGUUCGUGGAAUUACAAGUGAUGUUAGUUCUGAACCUUGUGAGGACAGCAAUGACAUGAGUGAGCCUUCCCAGAAUACUCUGUCUGAGACUCAGGGCUCAAGCGAUGCUGCAGAGUCGACAGAUUCUUCAGAUUAUUCUAAUAUUGUUCAAAAUAGGAAAGAACCAGUGUCUGCAGGUGGAGACGAUGACUAUGCUGAGGUGCUAUCAUCAGUUCAGUGUGUUCUUGUAACACCAAAGAGAAAACUAGCUGGACAAUUGACUAUUACACGAAAUGCCUUGCAUUUUUCUUUUGAAUUUUUGGUUGAGGGCACUGGAGGAACAUCUGUUUUCAACAGAUAUAAAGAAAAAAAUGAUUCUAACUCCAAGAACGACCUGGGGGGUGCAGAAAAAUUGAAGAGUAAUCUUGAUGGAGGACGAGUUAAUGCAACUGAAUCUGGUGAUGCUCUGAUGAAAAAUACAUCAAACAAAAUCAAACACCAUAGAAGGUGGAAAAUAAGCAGGAUAAAAGCAGUUCAUUGGACACGAUACCUACUACAAUAUACUGCAACAGAGAUAUUCUUUGAUGAUGCCAAUGCACCUGUGUUUCUUAACUUUUCCUCCCAAAAUGAUGCUAAAAACAUCGGGUCUCUCUUAGUGUCCCUGAGAAAUGAUGCUUUGUUCCCCAAAGGAAGUUCCAAAGACAAAAGCAGUGUGAUUUCUUUUGUUGACAGAAAGGUUGCCCUUGAAAUGGCUGAGAGUGCUCGAGAAAGUUGGAGAAGAAGAGAAAUGAGCAAUUUUGAGUAUCUAAUGAUUCUCAACACUCUUGCUGGACGAUCUUACAAUGAUUUAACUCAAUAUCCUAUAUUUCCUUGGAUAUUGGCUGACUAUUCGUCAGAUAAGAUUGAUUUCAACAAGUCAUCCAGUUUCCGUGACCUGUCAAAACCCGUUGGUGCCUUGGACACAAAACGCUUUAAGGUUUUUGAAGAAAGAUAUCUUAAUUUCUGUGAUCCUGAUAUACCAAGUUUUUAUUAUGGAUCUCACUACUCUAGCAUGGGAAUAGUUCUUUAUUACCUUCUGAGGCUUGAGCCUUUUACUGCUCUGCACCGCAAUCUCCAGGGUGGAAAGUUUGAUCAUGCAGAUCGUCUUUUCCAAAGCAUUGAAAGUACAUACAGGAACUGCCUAUCAAAUACUAGCGAUGUCAAAGAGCUUAUACCUGAAUUUUUUUAUAUGCCCGAGUUUCUUGAAAAUUCAAAUUCAUAUCACCUUGGUGUGAAGCAGGAUGGUGAACCUUUAGGCAAUGUUGGUCUCCCUCCAUGGGCAAAGUGUUCCCCAGAAGAAUUCAUUCAUAUCAACCGUGAAGCUCUUGAAAGUGAAUAUGUAAGCUCUAAUCUCCAUCACUGGAUUGACCUCAUAUUUGGUUAUAAACAGCGUGGCAAGCCUGCUGUUGAGGCAGCAAACAUAUUUUAUUAUUUGACAUAUGAGGGUGCAGUUGAUUUGGAAAACAUGGAUGAUAUGUUACAGAAAUCUGCUAUUGAGGACCAGAUUGCAAAUUUUGGACAAACACCUAUUCAAAUUUUCCGAAAGAAGCACCCAAGAAGAGGCCCCCCUAUACCAAUUUCUCACCCACUAUAUUUUGCCCCACAAUCAAUAACAAUGACUUCUGUCACUAACAGCUCCUCAUCAUCUGUAUUGUUCGUUAGCUUGUUGGACUCCAACAUUGUUCUGAUGAAUGAAGGGCUUAUACUGUCAGUGAAGCUUUGGCUAACAACACAAUUGCAGUCUGGUGGAAACCUCACAUUUUCUGGAUCACUGGAACCUUUCUUUGGAAUUGGUUCUGAUGUAAUUUCUCCCCGCAAAAUCAGCACUUCCCUGGCCGAAAACGUUAAUUUUGGAAGGCAAUGCCUAGCAGCCGUUCAAAUUCACAGUGAUAAUUAUUUAAUUCUGUGUGGUAAUUGGGAGAACAGUUUUCAGAUCAUUUCCCUUGGUGAUGGAAGAAUUGUGCAGAGCAUCCGGCAACAUAAAGAUGUUGUCAGCUGUGUGGCAGUUUCAUCAGAUGGAAGUGUAAUUGCAACCGGAAGUUAUGACACAACUGUUAUGAUCUGGCAUGCAUUCCGAGGAAAAUCAGCUGAUAAAAAAUCAAGAAAUGCAAAUUAUGAUCAGUCUACUAAGGAUCAUGUUAUUAUUGAAAGCCCUUGUCAUAUAUUAUGUGGCCACGAUGAUAUUAUCACGUGCUUAUUUGUUAGUACAGAACUAGAUAUCGUUAUCAGUGGAUCAAAAGAUGGAACAUGUAUUUUUCAUACAUUGCGUGAGGGCACAUAUGUUCGAUCCAUUCGACAUCCAUCUGGUGCUGGCUUGUCGAAACUGGUAGCAUCACAGCAUGGAAGGCUAAUAUUUUACUCUGACAGUGACCUAUCCUUGCAUAUGUAUUCCAUAAAUGGAAAACAUAUUGCUUCUUCGGAAGCCAAUGGCCGGCUCAAUUGCAUGGAGCUAAGUUGUUGUGGUGAGUUUGUGGUAUGUGCUGGUGAUCAUGGACAUAUUGUUCUUCGCUCUAUGCAUUCUCUUGAUGUUGUAUGGAGGUACGAGGGAGCUGGGAAGACAAUAACUUCAUUAGUUGUGACUCCAGAGGAGUGUUUCUUGGCAGGAACCAAGGAUGGCAGUUUGAUUGUAUUUUCAAUAGAAAACCCCUUACUUCGGAAAGGCACCGUGCAGCGGAACAAGAUAAAAUCUUCUACGAGUGGUUAGUGGUGCAGGUAGAAACAUCAACAGGCGCUUCUUGCUGCAUAUUUUGAGCAAAAGCCCUUCAAUCCAGUAUUGGGGAAAGCAUGCGAGGAUAUUUGUUCAAAGUCAUAAAUUUGGUUUCUCUGGCAUUUGCCCAGUCGGCAAUGUUCAUUACUGUACUACAGAAGCCCUCGUAUCACUGGUGUAUGCAUCCUUUCCAUCUACUGCUAAGCAAAUUGUUAUCAGCAGUAAAUGUGAAAGAGAGCAGUUUGUUACUCUAGUAUACCUGUACAUACAACUUCAUAUGGAGGAGAUAGAUUCAAACAUUAGUGAGAGCUGAUGAAAACCCACAAGUAUAUGAUGCGAACUAGUGAUACGAAAUAUUUUCAUUUGAUUCAGGACAAAUCUUAAGUACGAGUAUCCUCAAAUGACGGGCGCUUCAGAUACCUCAAAACCAGUUUUGCAUUGGUGCUAGUUGCUCACAUAGUGCAUCUGAGUGUAACAUAAUAUUCCUUCGGUGUUGUUGCUAGUUAGGUCGGCUGGGUCGGCAAAAUUCUUUCGCGAUAGAUGUAUAUUGGAUGCCAGGGCUGUGUAAUUAAGAACUGGACAUUGUACAUGGAAGCUCAUGUUGGUAGUGAAGAAAAUAAAGGCACGGAUCUUUGGUUAUGUUCCUCUUUUGAGAUGCAGA